UCUCCCCUUAUUCUUCUCUCUUAAAUACCCUCACUCCCUCCUAUCUACUGCCAUUCAAACUUCUCUUCUUCUUCUUCUACUCCUUGAAUCGAGCUCUAAUGGCAGCCAUCGAUGAAGUGUCCGUUCUCGAUCUCAUCCGUCAACACCUCCUCGAAGAUUUCUCCUCUUUUGAAACGCUCUUUAACACGAGCAGCUCAAUCAAAAUGGAGAACUCGGAAUCACCGAUUUCUGAGCGGAAACCAGACAUCUCUAACGAUAUCUUUCCCUCCGAAACGUUUUCGAACUGUUUCCGUACGGACUCGGCCGUUUCCUACUCGGAAACUGCAAUCUCCGACUACUUGAAGCUAGAAGAGUCCAGCGACGAGUUUUUGGAUUUUUCGCUGUUUCAUGAUCAAAAGCUCGCCGAUUCUAAGCAAGUAAUCGGUAAUCUGAACCAAAGAUCGAGUUCCCGCCAGCAGAAAGCUGAUCGCCGGCCGUCGCUCAAGAUCUCCCUUCCUCCCGCCCCGAAGAUCAAGCUGCCGGAACCUGCGGCGCCGGAUUCCGGCGAGAAGAAGCACUACAGGGGCGUACGGCAACGACCGUGGGGAAAAUUCGCGGCGGAGAUCCGCGAUCCGAGCCGGCGCGGAUCCAGGGUUUGGCUCGGGACGUUCGAGACGGCGAUCGAGGCCGCAAGAGCGUACGAUCGAGCGGCUUUUCAGAUGCGAGGGAGCAAAGCGAUCCUCAACUUCCCGCUCGAGGCAGGGAAUCCAUCUGAUCCACCGGUGACGACCUACGGGAAAAGGCGUCGGGAAGCGGAAGCCGACGAGAAUUCAGCUGUGGAGAAGAGAGCGUUUAAGAAAGAGAGGUCGCCGGAAUCUGACGCCACGGGAUCGACUACUAACGUCCCAACCUUUACGCCGUUAACGCCGUCGAGUUCGAUGAGCGAAUGGGAGGGGUUUGAUUUGACGGCCUUUAACUUCCCUCCUCUGUCACCGUUAUCUCCGCAUCCGCCAUUAGGGUAUCCCCAGCUGAUGGUAAUCUGAAAUAGCCGGCGAGUGUGUCAGAUAAUAGUUGAAAGACGGCGAGUCCAUCCGAUGCCGGGAAGGCCUUGGGACGUGUACAUACGGUAGAUGGUCAUGAUACGUAUGGUGUGUAGCUUGCGUAUAUCGAAUUUGUUUAUUCUUUUAAAAAUUUAUUUAUUUUUAUAUAUUUUUUGUGUAAUGUAAGAAAGUACCCUGAAAUGGACUUCUUGAUCUCGAAAGUCACUGAAUUAUCAUCUAGUUGAUAUGAAAUGAAGGAUAUUGGUUUAUUUUUAGAAAAUCAAAUCACGAACGGUUAUCAUU